UCUGAUUUGGGAAAGUGUCCACAAACUAGGAUACUACGGUCUACGGAACAGCUUGGGCACCCCUUAGGAUUCCAUCUCCCAGUGGUGUUCAGGGUAGAGCUCGGAGAACCCAGACUAGGUUGUUCAGAGAUUCUUAGCUGUGCAGUCAGACUGGCCUGAUGGCAUGCUGCAUCCAACUUCAGCUCAGAGUCUGGAGGCAAUAAAGACCUGGCCUGGGAGCAGCUUUCCGUUCAAUACACCCAGAGUAACUCCUUCCAUUUGGCAUCUUCGGCUCGCUUCUUGAAUCCAUCAGAUCAUCCAGUCCUGCACAAACUCAGCUGGUGCAUAGCGUAAUGUCCAUGCUGUACUACACUCUGAUUAUAGCUUUUUUGCUCGGCAUACAGGCAGCACCAAAGUCAGAGGACAAUGCUCCAUGGGGGUUUCCUGCAGGACCCACCAUUCCAAAUAUCCAUCGGACUAAAGCAAAUCACGUUCCCAAGGCAGCUCAACACACAGCCAAUCAUCACCUUGCUGGGAAGGUAGACAGCAGAGAAGCUGGACAGGCAACAAACAUCACUGUCAAUCCAAAGCUUUUCAGAAAGAGACGAUUCCGGUCCCCUCGGGUUCUGUUCAGCACGCAGCCCCCUCCAGUGUUGGGGGAUGGGCAGAACAUGGAGUAUCUGGGCAGUGCCGAUUCUCUUAACAGGACUAUUCGAACCAAGCGGACUGCUCACCCUGUGCUGCACCGGGGAGAAUUCUCAGUUUGUGACAGUGUCAGCAUGUGGGUUGGGGACAAAACCACAGCUACUGACAUCAAAGGCAAAGAGGUGACAGUGCUGGGAGAGGUGAACAUUAACAACAAUGUUUUCAAGCAGUACUUUUUCGAAACCAAAUGCAGGGACCCUAAACCAGUCUCCAGUGGGUGUCGGGGAAUUGAUGCUAAGCACUGGAAUUCCUACUGCACCACCACGCACACCUUUGUCAAAGCACUGACAAUGGAAGGCAAGCAAGCAGCCUGGAGAUUUAUCCGAAUCGAUACCGCAUGUGUGUGCGUGCUCAGCCGGAAACCAGCGAGACCCUGAGAUGGAACAAACACUCAUGCCCACAUCCUCCCAUCCCCCCCUACCUCAGCCUGUAAAUUAUUUUAAAUUAUAAGGACCGCAUGGUAUAUUUAUAGUUUAUACAGUAAAGAAAGA